GGCGCACGUAGUGUAACAUCAAACACUGACCUGCUGUAAUGCUGUAUGUUUCAGUAAGAUGACACUUAUUUAGCUUUCAUUGCUAAUCUUCACUGUUAGAUUAGUUGCACAUAUUCACACGGCGCCAUAAGGUGACUGAUGGAUAAAAUAUUUUGAUUUACUAUCUUGUGACUGAUACCGCUAACGUUAACUGGUUUGCGUUAAUGUUGUGGUUUUGGCUAGCGAGCAGGCUAACAUAAUUUGUCAUGCUGCUAUUAUCUCACAGAUUCAUUUAGUUCAAUUCUUUUAUUUCUUUCCAUGUUAUUUGAGAUGCAGUUGAACAAAUGCACCAGAUGUCUUGCACUCAUUCAGUUAAAUUCUCAUGCAGUGCAACCCUUUAGUUGUCCAAACCUGUACUGUAAAUACUACAUUGCACGUUUUUAGUUCCAGCUGCAAACUAAAUUCGCUUGAGAUUAUAUAUACUUAAGAAAACGCAUCAGGAUGUACAAACAGUGGUCUGUAGAUUUAAUUGCAGAUGCGAAGCUGAUGUGGACACAGUCUGAAUCCAGCCUGCAGCCAAAUGGAGAAAAGACAAGUCCCAUAAGUGUUAUACUAGUUAGCUCUGGCAGCAGAGGAAAUAAACUGCUCUUCCGAUACCCGUUUCAGAGGGUAUAUGAAAACACUUCAUCAGCAACAUCAAAACAGCGGAGUCCGUAUGCAUUGAAUACUUCGGGUGACUCUAUAGAGGACCAGGAUGGUGAUUCAAGAGAACAAACUCCACUAACUGAUGAACAGUUGGUAGCAGGGUUUUCUGAUAUUAUUCUCGCCACCAUCUUGGCUACCAAGUCUGAUAUGUGCGGCAAGAAGUUUGAACUAAAAAUAGACAAUGUGCGCUUCGUCGGACAUCCAACCUUACUGCAGCCUCCACAUACUAUUCAGGUCUCCAAAACUGACCCCUCCCCAAAAAGAGAACUGCCCACCAUGAUCCUGUUCAGCGUCGUUUUUGCAUUAAGGGCCAAUGCAGAUGCCUCGGUCAUCAACUGUAUGCAUAACUUGUCUCGUCGCAUUGCCAUCGCCCUGCAGCACGAGGAGCGCAGGUGCCAGUACCUCACCAGAGAGGCCAAGCUCAUGCUAGCAGUGCAGGACGAGGUCACCACCAUGACUGAGACGGACGGCGCUCCACAGUCUCCGUUUCGCCAAAUCCUUCCCAAGUGUAAAUUAGCAAGAGACCUAAAAGAGGCCUAUGACAGCCUCUGCACAACUGGAGUUGUGCGGCUUCACAUUAAUAACUGGCUUGAGGUCAGUUUCUGCCUGCCACACAAAAUCCACCGUGUAGGAGGGAAACACAUCCCACCAGAAGCUCUUGAGCGCAGCCUAAAGGCCAUUCGGCCGUAUCACGCACUGCUGCUCCUGGACAAUGAGAAGGCCUUGCUAGCUCAGCUCCCUCUGGACUGCUCUCCUGCUCUAGUGCGGCUCAUCAAAACCUGCUCAGCCGUCAAGAACCUGCAGCAGCUGGCUCAAGACGCUGACCUGGCUCUCCUGCAGGUCUUCCAGAUAGCUGCACAUUUGGUAUACUGGGGUAAAGCUAUCAUUAUCUAUCCUCUCUGUGAGAACAACGUGUAUAUGCUGUCUCCCCACGCAAACAUCUGCAUCUACUCUCCUCUGGCUGAGCAGUUCGCUCUCCAAUUUCCAGGUCAUGACCUGCCCACCAUGUUAGCGAAAUUCUCACUUCCUGUAUCUCUGUCUGAGUUCAGGAAUCCACUGGAUGCCCCUGUGCAUGAGGCCCAGCUCAUUCAGAUGGUGAUCUGGAUGCUCCAGCACCGGCUGCUGUUUCAGCUCCAUACAUAUGUUUGUCUGCUGGUCCCGCCUGUUGAGGAGGAGCCUGGUCUGCGGGAGGAGGAGCCACCCCUAGUCACACGUGUUACAGGCCGCAGUCUGAGCACACCCAGCGCCCUGAGUUUCGGCUCUCCCACAAGUAGCGAUGACAUGACCCUCACGAGUCCCAGUAUGGAUAACUCAAGUGCUGAGCUCCAGACUGGAGGAGACUCUCCUCUCAAUAAAAGAAUGACAGAAACGCUUCUGGCCAGCCUGACCGAACACGAGCGGCAGGCCAUCCUCCGUGUCCCAGCAGCACAGAACCCAGAGGACCUGCGCUUGUUUGCCAGGCUGCUGCAUUAUUUCAGGGGCCAUCAUCACUUGGAAGAGAUCAUGUACAAUGAGAACAUGCGUCGCUCGCAGCUGAAAACAUUAUUCGAUAAGUUUCGUAGUGUCUUAGUGAUAACCAACCACGAGGACCCCAUCAUCUCUCUGUUCCAGUCUCCACCAGACUAAAUGGAUCAUUCAACUUACUGUGAGUCUGACGAUGGUGUGACGUGUUUGCUUAUCAUCAGUGGCUUAAAUAACUUAAUUCAGAAGCGAAUGCUUUCAACCUGCUGAGUUUCAUAAGUGGAUUAUGAAGUGAGACUCACAUAAUCUAUUGUACAUAGCUGUAUUGACCAAAGAUUUUUAUGUUGUCAUUAUUUUAACCUCAUAUGCGGUUUAUUUUAAUAAACGAUUCAGGAGUUGUGAUGUGUGAUUCAUCCUUGGGCAGGCAUAAAAUGCAUUGCUUAAGUAUUCCACCCAAGCAUCUCCUAUUUGGAGAUCGCUCCCUGAUGUCAUAAAUCAUCUCCUCAAGCAAACAAGACCCAAAACACAUGCCAUGAUGGUAAUUCCAGACCAUAAGACCGCAUGCCAUGAAGACUGAGUGUGGAGAAAAGGGGGAUGUAAUUACCAUGAAGUGCAAAUGGUUUUCCAAACAUCUGUAAAAUCAAUAAGCACCAGGAAUAACAUGAAUAUGAAAUAAAGAAACAUGCUGUUACAAGACUCAAACUCAAAAGGUUAGUUGACUUAAAAA